AUGACGAAUUUCGCCCCAAAUCGUAUUCGGAGUUGGCAGCACCCUCUCAGAUUACAAUGAAACUUUCUGGGUAUGUACACCAAGACUAGAUAAGCCACUUUGCAUACUUAGUUUCUUCAAAAUUUAUCUGGACUGACUUUUGAAAAGGGCUAAACUUUUUUUAUGGAUUUUUUAAAAAUGUUUUUAAUCAAAAAAUGACUACUCCUACAAAAAAGUGUUGUAUGGGUGAUUAUCACAAAAUAAGUCAAAUUUUAAGAAAAAAAUACUGAAAAAAAUCCAAAAUGAGCCCUACACUGAAAAAAAUCAUUUCUAAAAAUUCAAAGUUGAUUUAAAAAAAACACCAUUUUUGAUUUUGAUGAAAUUUUGUCUCAAGACAGGUAAUUAUGUUCCCUACCAACCGUCCAUACAUCACAAGAUAGGCACUUUUAAGGAAAAAAAGUUUUUCUAACAAAAACUUUUUCAUGUCCAAAUUAUUAUUUUUUCAGUGUCUUUUUUUAAAAACAAACUAAACCAGUGAAGGUUAUCUAGUAAUCUCAAAAUGCAAUGAAACUUAUUGUGUCAUAUGCGACAAUGCAAUGCACCCAUAUUCACGCAGCAGCACUCUAGAAGUACGAAACAAUAUACAAUUAGAACACGCAUUUCAUACGUGCUGCUGUAAUUUCUACCCAAACGUUUCUACCCCAUGUUCUUACCUAAUAUUAGGUAUGGCUAUUUAUUAGAUUCGAAGUACCUAAUCGAAAAAAAAAACAAAUCAAGAGUUGUACCUAAAGCAAAUAUGAACAAAACAAGAAAAUGAAUCGGUAUCAUUCAACGUGUUACUUCUCUUUGGUUAUUAAAGGCAGUUCUGAAAAGUAAUGGAUCAAUCGUAUAAAUCAAAAUUCAACAAAUUCAAGUGCAGUGCAAAAAUAAAUAAUCCAAUGUGCAACCGUCAUAAUCUACGGGGCAUGUCAUUAAGAUUGAUAGAUAAAAUUCAUUCCAUGGGAUAUACACAUGAAAUCGACGAAUCGAUGAGUAUUUGUGAGUCAUGUCGUGGAUUGAUAAGUCACAACAGAAGCCCGAAUACGAAAAAACGCCGAUCGGAUGGAAACGACGAAACUAUGCAACCAUCAUUUAGUGGGCAGCAACAUCAUGAUGUUCCAGAACCAGAACCGUCAACGAGUGGUCAACAAAUCGAACAUGAGCUGGAUAUGGUACCAUCUAUUCCAUCAUUGGAGUCAAUUCCGUCAACAGAUCAACUACAGGGUCCCCAUAAUAUUGAGAAGUUUAAUACCAUUGCUGAAACAUUGAGUUUAUCGCCAAUCUCAUCUAGAAACAUGAGAAGUAUGGAAUAUCGCAUAAACAAAUCAUUGCAGAUUACGAAAGCAGUUCGAAAAAAUAUUUUCGGAAUAGAUUCAACGGAUGUUGGCAAAGUGGAGGCGUAUGACGAGAUAAUUAUGCAGUUAAAGGAUAAGUUCAAUCACCCUACAACUGACAGAAGCGAACAGAUUAAAAUACUAUCUGUACUUCCUAAGUAUUGGUCGGUAAAUAAAAUCACAAGAGAGUUUAACGCACCAAUGUAUAUGGCGAGGCAGGUGAAGGAUCUUGUUUAUGAACAGGGUAUUCUUUGUACCACCGAAAAAAGAAGGGGGCAUGGUAUUGAUGACGAUACAAAACAAAUAGUAAGAGAAUUUUUUGAUGAUAAUGAUAUCAGCAGGCCAAUGCCAGGAACAAAUGAUUUUGUUUCUGAGGUUCGAAAUGGAAAAAAACAACAAGUUCAAAAACGACUUUUGAUGAUGUCGCUCAAAGAGGCUUAUAUGAUUUUUGUAGAUAUGUACAAAACUGUGAAUAUUGGUUUCACAGUAUUUACACAGUUGCGACCAAAGCAUUGUAUUUUACUUGAUUCUACUGGUGUACAUAAUGUAUGCAUAUGUACUAUUCAUGAAAAUGUAAAUUUAAUGUUCAACAGUAUAAGAAUUGUGUCACAAGAUGAAAUAAUACAAAAAAUGCUUUGCGAUAUUUCCACCAGAACAGAUAAUUGCUUUUUCCGUGCUUGUGAAAAGUGUGCUUGUAAUGAACACAUUGAAGAGGAACUUACAUUGAUAUUAGAAUCAAAUGACAAAGAAGAGAUUAUAUUUCAGCAGUGGUUGAAUACUGAUCGCUGUAAUUUAGAAACGAUUAUUAAACCUGUUGAUGAAUUUGUUCCGUAUCUUGUUGAUAAAAUUGACAAACUUAUAACACACGACUUUAUUCAUAAACAACAAUCAUCAAUUCUCAGAAAUAAAAAAGAUACAUUAAAGGAUGAUGAAAUUCUUGCGAUUUGUGAUUUCUCUGAAAACUAUUCAUUCAUAAUUCAAAACGCUGCUCAAGGAUAUCAUUGGAACAACUCGCAAGCAACAAUACACCCAUUUGAAAUUUACUAUAUGAAAGAUAAUAAACUUGUAAAUGUUAGCUUCAUUAUCAUAUCGGAAGUAAUGGCUCACGAUACAGUUGCGGUCCAGUUGUUCAUCUCAAAAAUGAUAGAUUUUAUGAAACAAUUAACGAACUUUUCUAAAAUUUAUUUUAUGUCUGAUGGGGCAGCAUCACAAUACAAAAAUAAGAAGAACUUUGCUAGUCUAUGUAGAUUCCAGUCAAAGCAUGCAUUAAGAGCAGAAUGGCAUUUUUUUUGCAACGUCCCACGGUAAAGGUCCAUGUGAUGCUAUUGGUGGCACUCUCAAGCGAAUGGCAAAGAGAGCAAGUCUUGCUCGAGAUUAUGGAAAUACCAUAACAACACGAGAGUUAUAUAACUGGGCAGUUGUACAGACAGAUAAAAAUAUAACUAAAUUAAAUUUCUGUUACGUAUCCACUGAACAGUACAUUAAAAUGUCAGAAGAUCUCGAAGAAAUAUAUAAUAACGUCAAAACAAUACCAGGCACUCAGAAAUUCCAUAGUUUUUUGCCUAUUCCUGGCGACAAAGUAAAGGCAAACAGGUAUUCUAAUUCAGAAGAUGAACCAAAAAUAUUUAGUAUGAUCGGAAAAAAAUAGAAAAGAACAUGUUUGAAAUUGGCUCUAAGACACAUAUAUAUAUAUAUUUGAAAAAUUCAUAAUUAUAAAUAAUUGUAUAUUUAAAAGUGCACUUCAAUACAUAUUGCGAUCAAACAUUACAUUUCCUAAGAAAAUACAUUUGUAAUAUUUUGAAGUUUUUUAUGUAUAGGAAAACCCUUCCAAAUGAUUGAAUAAAUAACACAAAAUCUCCUAGAAAAUUGAGUUUCAUUGGAUUCUGGGAUUCUUAUGGCCUUCACUGGUUUUAUUGUUGAUAACAAAAUACACUGAAAAAAAAAAAUCAUUCGAACAAGAAAAAGUUUUUGUUAGAAAAACUUUUUUUCCUUAAAAGUGCCUAUCUUGUGAUGUAUGGACGGUUGGUAGGGAACAUAAUUACCUGUCUUGAGACAAAAUUUCAUCAAAAUCAAAAAUGGUGUUUUUUUUUAAAUCAACUUUGAAUGUUUAGAAAUGAUUUUGUUCAGUGUAGGACUCAUUUUGGAUUUUUUUCAGUAUUUUUUUCUUAAAAUUUGACUUAUUUUGUGAUAAUCACCCAUACAACACUUUUUUGUAGGAGUAGUCAUUUUUUGAUUAAAAACAUUUUUAAAAAAUCCAUAAAAAAAGUUUAGCCCUUUUCAAAAGUCAGUCGAGAAAAAAAAUUAGAAAAAUGAGUAUGCAAAGUGGCUUAUCUGGGCAAGGUCUACACACCAAGAAAGUUUCGUUGUAAUCUGAGAGGGUGUUGCCAACAUUUGUUCGAGUUGGCGCGAAAUCCGUCA